AUUAAAUUAUUUAACAAUAAUUAACAAUAAAAAUUAUUAAAAAUGGCAUUCAAACAAGUUUGUGCUUCAUUGUUGGUAGCAGUUGUUUGUUGUACCAUGGCUCAACCAUUAAGCUAUUUAUCAGACAAUCAAAAUGGUUCACCAUUCUCCAACCAAGGUUCACUUACUUACUUAAAUGAUAAUCAAGUGCAAUCUGUGUAUCCAAUUCAGUCUGGACCAGUCAACUACAUUAACAACAUUGGAAAUCCACAAAUCCAAACUAUUGGUGCAUAUCCAAAUGUAAUUAGCAGUGUUGGACUCAUUGGAAACAAUGGACUUGGUGGUUCCAACAUCAUAAACAACGUAAACAGUGGUUUAUCAACUGUUCAAUAUCCUGGUUAUGCACAGACAUUACCAGUUAACCAAAUUGUAAGCUACCCAAAUGUUCAAUCAGUUGUUGGAGGUUCUCAAAUCCAAACCAUUUCUUCAUAUCCAAAUGCAAUCAACAGUGUUGGAAUCGUUGGAAAUAAUGGAUUAGGGUCCAACAUCAUCAAUAACGUAAACAACGGUUUAUUAUCUCCACAAUACUCCACCAUUUCCCAGACUUUACCAGUUUACAAUCAAGUUGUAAGCUAUCCAAGUGUUCAACAAGUUUUGCCAGCUCAAUAUGCUGUUCAACAACCAUCAGUUAUUGGAGGAUCAGUAGGAUACCCAAAUAAUAAUCAAAUUACCAACAACCAAGUUGCUCCAGUAGAAGUCAACAUUAGUGGCAAUCCAGGCAAUUUUGGUAGACCAUGCAUCUUAUAAAAUGUUAAGUGCGAGAAAAAC